AUGGCAGGAAGCUUUAAAUUACUCCAAUUUACUAAAAUUUUUGCGAUCUCAUUUUUUGUUUGGAUAUAUCAUCACAAUUAUGAUGGAACUCCUAAUAGUUCAUUUGAUCGUACACAAAAAUUAGACCAGUCAUUAUAUUUAAGAACAAGUAGAUUAUUAUCUACGUGUAAUCCAGACAGUGAAUCAAAUGGUGAGAUACCAGAUGUUAAAACCAAAAAUUUUUAUAAAAAAAACAAACAAAAUAAACUUGGUAUUCUUAAACGCUUCGAUUCCUACUGUGAAAAUAAAAUAUUCGAUAGACUUAAUGCUAUAUAUAAUACUGAAGACAACAUAAGUAUUAAACACAAAGCAAAAAAAACAUCAGUAUGCAGAGAUAUCUUUGUUUUGUUGGCUUUACCUAUUAUUAUAAAUGUGUCCUGUGUUGCUAUUUCUACACAAAAAGAUAAAUUAGUAUCAGGAAUUGAAUAUGGCGCAGUAGUCCCCGUUGUAAUUUCUCUGUUCAUCCUUAUUUAUGUUCUUAUAAAAACCUUAAAAUUUCUUAUUAUACAAGAAAAAAAGGAUGGACAUAGUUUAAGUGAUUAUUUAUCAGCUUUCAAAAAGUUAUUUUAA